UUGCUGCUACCCCGGCGUGCAGGGCCCGGCCGCCGCCAUGUCGGGCCCGUUUGAGCUCUCGGUGCAGGAUCUCAACGACCUGCUGUCGGACGGCAGCGGCUGCUACAGCCUCCCGAGCCAGCCCUGCAACGAGGUCACCCCCAGGAUCUACGUGGGCAACGCGUCUGUGGCUCAAGACAUCCCCAAGCUGCAGAAACUGGGCAUCACCCAUGUCCUGAAUGCGGCUGAGGGCAGGUCCUUCAUGCACGUCAAUACCAGUGCCAACUUCUACAAGGACUCUGGCAUCACCUACCUGGGCAUCAGGGCCAAUGACACACAGGAGUUCAACCUCAGCGCCUACUUUGAAAAGGCGGCAGACUUCAUCGACCAGGCCCUGGCUCAGAAGAACGGCCAAGUGCUCGUCCACUGCCGUGAGGGUUACAGCCGCUCCCCGACUCUCGUCAUCGCGUAUCUCAUGAUGCGUCAGAAGAUGGAUGUCAAGUCUGCCCUGAGCAUCGUCCGGCAGAACCGUGAGAUCGGCCCCAACGAUGGUUUCCUGGCCCAGCUCUGCCAGCUCAAUGACAGACUAGUCAAGGAGGGGAAAUUGAAACUCUAGGGCGCCCUCACUGCCUCUUCUCUCGAGGUCGGAUGGAGGGAGGCGCCCUGGUUGUGGCGUCCCAAGCUGCCAUGUUUAGGAAACACAGUGUACCCUGCUCCCAGCAUCACCAGGCACUUGCCCACAAGUCUGUCCCAACACAGCCCUGGGCCACUUUCCCCCUGGGGAGCAUAUAAAGAAGCUUGUUGAGGAGGGCAUUCCUGCUCCCUGGUGCCUACAAUUUAUGAUGUCCUCACCCUGAGGAGGGGGCACAGAGGGGGCGCAGGCCUGUGACGGGCGUGCUUCUCCUGGAUGACCCAGGGCAAGAGGUGUGUGGAAGUGUAAGGCCUGAGAUGCUCAAAGGGGCCCCUCCCCGCCUCCCCACCCUUCACCCCUGGGCCCUCUCCUGAGUGGGGACCCCAGCCCUGUAAAGGAACUAUGCAAACGUGGGCCCCUCUCCCCACACCGUGUCUGUCUCCCCUGUCCCCACACCCUGCUCGUAGGCAGAGGCACGUCGUGAGGUCUGAAGUUGACUCAGUGUCAGUUGUCCGUGGGUGGAAAUUCCCAUGAAGAGACUGCAUUUUAAUGAUUUCCUUAGGAUUAAAGAUACCGAAACAAAGAAGCCUUUGAGUGGGCAAAUACAUGCCCCUGGAGGACUCUCCUAAAUUAAUUGUUUGAAAAAUGUGACUCCUUGGAAGGCUUGAGUUCAGAAUCCACCUGUUUGGGGUACCCGGCUCUCAGAGGUCACUUGGUCGGUUAGAAGAGCGCUGUCUUGGGCAGGGUUUUAUUUUUCUUUUUUAGAAAACAGGGUGUUGAAGUCCAGCCUAUUUAAAAACCCCACCAUUGGGAGAAUUACAAGGGUUUCGUCCUGAAUUAUAGUGUUGGCGAUCCCAAGCCACUCGUGCUCACUGCUUUUUGUCUCGGUUACUAUUCCAAGAACAGGAGGAGGAAGUUGGCCAAUUAUAGCACGUGCGUGCACGUGCACACGUGUGCGUAUCUGUGUGUGUGUGUGUGUGUGUGUGUGAGAGAGAGAGAGAGAGAGAGAGCAACACAGCCAGUGGCUGGACAAGCAAGGGGAUGAACAGGCCCAGGCUCACAUCCUGCCCACUCACAGGUAGUUCUUACAGCUCUCUGUUGCCAGAAAAGGUCCAGGAGCCUCGGCAGCAAAAGUGACUCAACCAGGCAGAAAGGAAACAUGGCGGAACGUCCAAACGGAGCCUGUACUGGUGGUAGAACAAACAGAAAGGAACAGCCCUUGUAAGGACUUUUUUAGGAUGAUGUCGGAACGCACAAGCACUCACACACAUGUGCGUGUGCGCACAUUUGUCAGAAUAUGGGAGUUUUGUUUUGAACCCAGUCUUGUUAGCACUUGACCUGAUUGUCAUCAGGGCGAGCGAUGCAGUGCUCUCAUCUUCAGGUUCCCUAAUGGCAGAGAGGUGGUCCUCAGCUCUGCCCCCGGCGCUUAGCACAUAGAUGUCUGAUAAAAGUUUGUGGAAUUAAACUUUUUUUUUUUUUUGAGCACCAAAUAUAUGCAGGGUGUUGUUCUGGUGGGUGUAUCAAGCUCCCAGAAGCCUGACUUGGUGGUAGGAUCACUUGCAAGGAUCUGCAAAGGAGUCUUACCUGAAAGGAAAUAUCAGGGACUUUUGCUGAAUAUUUAAAAUUCAGUUUUAAGUUUCAAUUCAGGCAGCGUUAUUACUGUAUGGAGGUGGGGAAUGUGCCUUUUCCAGAGUGGACCAGAAGCUUCCAGCUAGGUUGAGGAGAAGCAGGUGUGGCUCGGGCUUCACACCCAGGUGUAAUGGUCUCUGUCUUGGCAGAAGCAGCACCUCUGCAGCCUGGAUGUCCCCUUUGCUUUGUGACCUCAGCAGCCCCGAACAAACUAUCUGUCUUCUUUUUCAGCUACGAGGCUGCCCCAAUAGACCCACCUAAGUGAAACGGCCACCCUCUCCCCUGUGUCCCUCACAGUGCUCAGAUAACUCUCGCACUUAAUCUGUCUUGAUCCUCACAAUAACCUAUUAACUUGGUAGGGCUUAUUCAUGUAUUGUUACCUUUCAGGAAAGGAACUGGGGUUCAGAGUGAGUUAGGGGUGUAGUGCUCAGGGCUGCCCAGCUCUAAGGCAGAGCUGAGGCGAGAUUUCAGGUUGGCUGCUCUCUGAAGCUGAAUUCUUUCUCUCAUACUACACUCCUCAAGAAAUGAGCCCCUGGGCAUGUCCGUGACCCAGCUUGUGUGCACAAGAGCCAGUUAGCUUUGUGGCCAGAGGACAGCUGUUCGAGCUGUGGUGCUGGGGGCGGCGGGACUCUGCUCUAGGACAAGGAAGUAAAAAGCGUGGGUCCCCAACCGGGUUAGAAUGUGUGGCUCUUCUUCUAGGAAACAUGUAGCAUCCCUAAGUCAGAGCUUUCUGCUCCACUUCCGGAAGAGGCCCAGGAGCUGGGGCGGGGGUCCCCCUCCCACGCCCAGGCAGUGGUCCCUGCACAGGACAGCCACAGCUACUUAGGCCAGCUGACCAGGAUCUCUUGAAGGACCCUUUGUUAGGGGUAUGUUGGAGAAAAGGCCAUGGGGAGAAUUAAUGCCUUCACUUUGGGGCUACUUUUUGGCUGAUAACUUGGGUUUUCUUGAUAGUCUUUGGUCCCAGCAACGCUGUAUUGACUUCGCGAGAUGUAGCUCCUCAAAAUCAAAUUCUAUUGUUUGAGCCCACACAUGCCCAGCUGUGCGUGGAAAGCUGUUUCUGGGUAGCUUUCUGCCCUGGGAAGUGAUGGGAUAGGAACUCAGGGCGCCUCUUACACCCUCCUCUGACCUGAUCUCUGUCUUUGACUAGCAAACCCCCAUCCAGGCCAGAUGAGAGCACCAAACAGUUUUCUUCUAGAUUCUAAAGCAGUACACCUUUCGCAGGCUGGUCUGUUUCCCUGCCACUCUGAGUGAGCUGGAGAGCAGAGAUCACCAUCUGUCAAGCAAGGGGACUCAACUUGAAGACCUCUAAGGUCCCUUUUGGCUCUGACACCCUAGGGUUCUUUAAGAAUCCGCAUUGAUAUUGACCGCCAUCUGGAAAUUAUAGGGUGUGUAACCACAUGAUGACCAGCAGGUGGCGUUGUGUUCCACCUGUGGUGAUGGACGCUUGGAAACGGAACGUUGGCGCCUUUUGUGUCAAGCUAAUGAUAAGAUGCUGAUGUUUUAAUCGAAAUAAGCACUGAUCUUAAAAUGUGAAUAUAUUAGCUUUUCUCGCAGGAAAUUUUCUGUCAUAAAACCUGCACAAAAAUCACUGAAGAGCCAACAAUGAUGGUCCUUCCAAGUCAAGAUUUUAUCCUGAUUGGAGAGAGAGGCCAUCUCCGGUUGGGAGAGCAGAUUGUUUGGAAACGUUACUUACCUCCUGUCAGCUUUUAGGGCAAUUGGAUUGUGAAAGUGUGAAUUUUCUGGACAGAAAAGGGGAAGGUAUUAAAUUGGUUUAAAAACAAGUAACUUUAAUGUCUGUUCUAUCACAAAUCAGUGUUAAAACACUAAAACUG